GUUCGAGAUAGCUUCAGAGAGUCAGUGGCUAGCCAGGGGAGAUUCGAUAUACCACAGCCUACCACGAGGUCCUGCCGCCAAAAUGAUUCAAUUAAAGACGGUAUUGCAAUGCAUCGACAACUCAGGUGCUGCCAUGGUCGAAUGCGCCAUGGUUGUCGGCCAGAAGAAGCUCGCCCGCAUCGGUGACAGAAUCGUCGUCGUGGUUCAGAAGCACAGAGGUGCCAGCGAGGGUGGCAUGGCCGGCUCAUCAGCCGCGAACAAGGUCAAGCGCGGUGACAUGCGCCACGCCGUCGUCGUCCGCACCAAGCAAAAGACUCUCCGCCCCGACGGCAGCGUUAUCCGAUUCGACGACAACGCCUGCGUUCUCAUCAACAAGGCCGGCGACCCCGUCGGCUCCCGCAUCAACGGCGUCGUUGGUGCUGAGCUGAGGAGGAAGAAGUGGAGCAAGAUCCUUUCCAUGGCGCCCAUGCACGCAUAAAGGGAACGGCGAUGGGAUGAGGGAGUAGCAGGUACGACAAGAAAGACGUGUAGGAUCUUUGUAAAAGUAUAAGAGAAAAAUGUCGUCAGAUUGGGGGAAGUGUAUUAUACGAAUGCAUGAGCCGGCGUUUCCAGGGUUGGCAGUCGAUACCAAUCUCCAUCAAAU